AUGAAUGUGAAUGGCAAUGAUAAUGGUGCAGAUGAUGAUCUAACGGUAUCGCAAGGUUGUUAUCUGUUGGAGGAAGCCCAUAAAUGUAUUAUGGAAGCUCUCAGCCUGUUAUCAGGACCAGAUGAGGAUUCCGAAUUGGCGUUAGACAGACAUACCUUCCGAUUAGCUGUUCACGCACUUCGACGCGGUGUACUCGCUGUACGUGUUAUUGAGUUAUUUCCAAGUGGUCUUUUUGAAGAAUUGGCCUAUGCGGAGCAUAAAAAAUCUAAGGGGAAAAUAUCCAUAGAGUCUUUGCGAUAUAGUGCUGGUGAUUGCGGACAUGUAUGUGGUAGUAAUGGCGACUUGUCGGAUUCUGAUUCUGAUAAUGUGAAAACAAGUCAUAAAACUGUGAAUGUGGUUGAUGGACUGAAGCGCCAUUUAGUCGGUAUCACGUUGAUGUGUUAUUCUGUUCUGCUUUUGUAUUAUAUAGUCCACACCAGACGUGAAGAGUCUAAUUUUAUCCUUGCUCUGGAUUAUUGUAAUCACGUUUUAUCGUUUGUUCCUGGCACUGGCACUUCAUUAUUUGAUAGAGAAUUAGCGCUUUUACAUGCACGUCAUCUCAUGGAAAAUUGUAGAUACGAUGAGUCUGAAAUUGACCAGACAGUAAAUAUUUGUUUGAUGUUGUUUGAAGAGGAACGAAAACGGGAAUUACGCGACGCUGGGCGAAUGCGUUAUUUACAGGCCGUUCACGCAUCCUGUAAAGAUAAAGUGGCGUUCGGUGGAUAG